GUGCGUAACUUCCCGUUUCUCCAGUCUGUGGCGGGAGAUUCCAGCAUGGCGGUGCAACCUAAACAGAGCUUGUCCAUGGAUGCUGCUGCCGAACAUGGCUUCCUUACCUACUACUUUUCCAUGCCGGAGAAGCCAGACACCACUUUCAGGGUCUUCGACCGGGGUGACUACUACACGGUGCACGGGACCGAAGCGCUGUUCGCCGCCAAGGAGAUUUUCAAGACCAACGGAGUCAUCAAGACCCUGGGCUCAGGUAGCCGCAAGCUGGAGAGUGUGGUUCUCAGCAAGACAAACUUUGAGGCUCUGGUCAGAGACCUGCUGCUGGUGAAACAAUACAGAGUGGAAGUCUACAGGAACCAAAGCAAAACCAAGGAUCACAACUGGCAACUGGAGUACAAGGCAUCUCCAGGGAAUCUGAGCCAGUUUGAGGAGGUUCUAUUUGGCGGGGCUGAGGGAAGAGGGGCUGGAUCAGCGGGGGUUGUGGCCGUACGGUUGGCUGUCGGGGGUGACGGACAGCGCGUGGUGGGCGUGGGCUAUGUGGACGCGUCCCUAAGGACCAUGGGAGUGUGCGAGUUCCUUGAUGGAGAGACUUUCUGUAACCUGGAGGCUCUGCUAGUGCAGCUGAGCCCUAAGGAAUGUCUGCUACCACAGGGUGACAACACUGAUAACAUACGACAGGUGGUGCAGCGUGGUGGUGUGUUGCUGUCAGACAGAAAGAGAACAGAGUUCAGUAGUAAAGACAUGACCCAGGACCUCAACCGACUGCUACGGACCAGGAAAGGGGAGGCCAACGCCUGCAACGUUCUGCCUGAACUAGACAAACAGGUAGCUAUGUCAUGCUUGGCAGCAGUGGUUCGUUACCUGGAGUUGCUGUCUGACCAAUCAAACUUCAGCUCCUUCAGCUUGACGACCCUUGACCUGAGCCAGUACAUGAGGCUGGACAACGCUGCUGUACAAGCCCUCAACCUAUUUCAGGGUUCUCCCGAUGACGCCAGUGGAGCCCACUCAUUGGCCGGGCUUCUGAAUAAGUGCCGCACCCCUCAGGGCCAGCGAUUGGUCAACCAGUGGAUCAAACAGCCACUCAUGGACAAGAACAGGAUUGAGGAGAGACUGGACCUGGUAGAGUGCCUCGUGAAUGACGGUGAGGCCAGACAGACUCUUCAGGACGAUCUGUUGCGGCGGUUCCCAGAUCUCCACCGCUUGUCCAAAAAGUUUCACCGGCUCUCGGCAACACUGCAGGACUGUUACCGCGGUUACCAGGCUGUGGGCCAGAUCCCUGCACUUCUGUUGGCUCUGGAGAAACACCAAGGAAGUCACCAGAUGCUGUUGGAGGCCGUAUUCAUCUCUCCUCUCAGAGACCUGCAGGCUGACUUCAUUAAGUACCAGGAGAUGAUAGAAACUACACUGGAUAUGAACCAGGUGGAGCACCAUGAGUUCCUGGUGAAGGCGUCGUUUGACCCGGUGCUCUCUGAGCUGAGGGAGAAGAUGGACACACUGGAGAACAGCAUGCAGAGUGUACUGAACAGCGCAGCACGGGAACUGGGUCUGGAUGCUGGUAAGACAGUGAAGUUGGAGUGUAACAGUGUGUUGGGGUAUUACCUGAGGGUGACCUGUAAAGAGGAGAAGAGUCUGAGGAACAACAAAACGUUCACAACGCUGGACGUCCAGAAGAAUGGAGUCCGGUUCACCAACAGUAAGCUGAGUUCUUUGAAUGAAGACUACACCAGGAACAGAGAGGAGUAUGAGGAGGCUCAGAACGCCAUCGUUAAGGAGAUCAUCAGCAUCGCCGCGGGUUACGUGGACCCCCUGCAGUCGUUGAGUGACGUCAUCGCCCAGCUGGAUGCGGUGGUCAGCUUCUCUGUGGCGUCAGUCUCUGCCCCCAUCCCCUACGUCAGGCCACGCCUCCUGGCUGCGGACCGCAGGCGCCUGGAGCUCCAACAGGCCAGACACCCCUGCCUGGAGUCGGACGCAGACACAGCCUUCAUACCUAAUGAUAUAACCUUCAUACAGGGGGAGCAGAGCUUCUAUAUCAUCACAGGUCCUAAUAUGGGCGGGAAGUCUACCUUCAUCAGGCAGGUGGGCGUGAUCUCUCUGAUGGCUCAGAUUGGCUGCUUUGUCCCCUGUGAGAAGGCGGAGCUAAGCAUGAUUGACAGCUGUCUGUGCCGUGUGGGGGCGGGGGAUAGCCAGCUCAAGGGCGUGUCUACAUUUAUGUCCGAGAUGCUGGAGACUGCAGCUAUUCUCCGCGCUGCCACGAAGAACUCUCUAAUAAUAAUCGAUGAGUUGGGUCGCGGAACAUCUACAUUCGAUGGCUUUGGUCUGGCCUGGGCCAUCAGUGAACACAUCGCCUCGAAGAUUGGCUGCUUCUGUCUGUUUGCCACUCACUUCCAUGAGCUUACGGCGUUGGCCACACACCACCCCACCGUCCGCAACCUGCACGUCACCGCUCUGACCACUCAACACACACUCACCAUGCUCUACAGGGUCAAACCAGGUGUGUGUGACCAGAGUUUUGGGAUCCAUGUGGCGGAGUUGGCGUGUUUCCCGCCGGCGGUGGUUGCCAUGGCAAAGCAGAAGGCUGCAGAACUGGAGGAGUUUCAGGAGGAGCCGAGUGGGGAGGAGGGGCCAGAGGCCAAGAAACGACGCAGCGAUAAACGGGAGGGAGAGGUAUUGAUCCAGUCGUUUCUGGAGAAGGUGAAAUCUCUGCCGGCAGUCACCAUGACUGACCAGGAGGUGAAGGCGGAGCUUAGAGCCAUGAAGCAGGAGCUUGUUGCCCAUAACAACGCCUACAUUACUGAGCUCCUGGCACGCUCCACCCCUAUCCACACAACCUGAGACCAGUCGUACGCUACACACACACAACCUGAGACCGGUCGUACGGUACACACACACACAUACCCUAGUGAGGUGUCAUCUACAGUAGUUUGGUCAAUUUUCCCUUACCAUCUUUCUCGUUAUGUUACCAAUAAAAUAAACCUCUUUAAAUAAGUGCAAA